CUUAAAAACAUUCCCUUGAAUCAAUACAAUAUCUUAUGCCACCAAGUCAAAAUACUGCGAAGGCUUGCGGAUUUGAAUGUAUAUAUAAGUUGAAUUGUAAGAGGAGUUUCAAGUUUCAACUGGUUUAUGGUGAGAUGAAGAAGGGUGUUCUAUUUUCCACCACCUUCUUAUUUUGUUGCUUGUUGCUGCUUUUGGAUUGUGCAGUUUCACUUCCUCUAUGCGUUGAUUCCAGGGCACCCUUUACCCUGAAUAAAACCCUUGGAUUUUGUCCUUACAAUGGAAGCACAUGUUGCAACUCCACACAAGAUGCACAAAUACAAAAGCAGUUUCAAGCCAUGAAAGUCUCUGAUCCCGCCUGUGCCUCAGUUUUGAAAUCAAUACUUUGUGCGAGGUGCGACCCAUUUUCAGCAGAGCUAUAUACAGUUCAAUCCUCUCCGAGAUCAGUGCCAGUGCUUUGCAACUCCACCGUACCAGCAAAUUCGUCACAGUCAAAGGCAGCAGCAGUGGAGGAUUUCUGCUCUCAAGUAUGGGAUACAUGCCAAACUGUGUACAUAACAAAUUCACCUUUUGCCCCUUCAUUGCAAGGACAAGCAGGAGGACCACAAAUUAAGGCCAAUGCAACAAAAUUGACUAACUUGUGGCAGUCCAAAACUGACUUUUGUAGCGCUUUUGGUGGAACAUCGACUAAUACUUCAGUGUGUUUUGAAGGCGAACCUGUUGCACUAAACAAAACCGCAACACCUAUCAACCCUCCUCUUGGCUUGUGCCUUGAGAAAAUUGGCAAUGGAUCUUACCUUAGCAUGGCAGCUCAUCCUGAUGGCUCUAACCGAGCAUUCUUCUCUAAUCAGAUGGGCAAGGUUUGGCUGGCAACACUUCCAGACAAGGAAUCGGGUGGAACGUUAAAGCUUGACGAAUCAAGUCCCUUUGUUGAUCUAACUGACCAAGUUUAUUUUAAUACUCUAUUUGGAAUGAUGGGAAUGGCGUUUCAUCCGAAUUUCGCGCAAAAUGGUCGAUUCUUUGCUUCAUUUAACUGUGAUAAGUCCAAGUGGUCGGGAUGCAAUGGAAGAUGUGCAUGUAAUUCAGAUGUUAAUUGUGAUCCAUCAAAAAUAGGUACUGAUCAUGGUUCCCCACCAUGCCAGUAUCAAACUGUUAUCGCAGAAUACACCACUAAUGGUACCGGAUCUCAGCCUUCCUCGGCUGAAAGUGCAAAACCAACAGAAGUGAGGAGAAUAUUUACCAUGGGCCUCCCUUAUACAUCUCAUCAUGGAGGUCAGAUACUCUUUGGUCCAGAAGAUGGAUAUCUAUACUUCAUGAUGGGUGAUGGAGGAGGCUCAGGUGAUCCAAACAAUUUUUCCCAAAACAAGAAAUCUUUACUCGGAAAGAUUAUGAGGAUUGACGUAGACAAUAUCCCAAGUGCAGCUGAAAUUAGCAAACUUGGGCUAUGGGGUAACUAUUCCAUUCCAAAGGAUAAUCCAUUUAGUGAAGACAAAGAUCUGCAGCCUGAAAUAUGGGCCUUAGGACUAAGAAAUCCAUGGCGAUGCAGUUUUGAUUCAGAAAGACCUUCCUACUUUGUGUGUGCAGAUGUUGGACAGGAUCUAUACGAGGAGGUAGAUCUCAUCACAAAGGGCGGAAACUAUGGAUGGAGUGUUUACGAGGGCCCUUAUCUCUUCAACCCCACUCAAUCAGCGGAAGGCAAUACCUCUGUAAAAUCUAUUAAUCCAAUUUUCCCAAUACUUGGAUACAACCAUUCAGUUGUCAACAAGAAUGAAGGAUCAGCAUCAAUAACUGGGGGAUAUAUCUAUCGUUCUACCACUGAUCCUUGCACAUAUGGAAGGUAUUUGUAUGGAGAUUUGUAUGCUGGAGCAAUAUGGGCAGCCACAGAAGACCCAGAAAACAGUGGAAAUUUCAGCACUAACAAAACCCCUUUCAAGUGUGCACAUGAUUCUGCUCUCAAAUGUGACUCGGCACCUGGGAGCUCCCUUCCAGCAUUAGGUUAUAUCUUUUCAUUUGGUGAAGACAACAACAAAGAUGUCUAUAUCCUUGCCAGCGCUGGCGUUUACCGAGUUGUGCGGCCGAGUCGCUGCAGCUAUGCUUGCUCUCUGGAAAAGACAACUGCAACUAAUCCUACAAGCCAACCUCCUGGUCCUUCUCCAUCUCUUGCUAUCCGUUGGAGUAACGUGUCUGGAUAUCUUAUGCUGCUGCAAUUUUCAUCCAUCUUGAUGAUCUUAUUGACUUUAUUGUAGUAUGUUAUGAUCUUUCGUAUUUAUUAAUUUCAUUUCUAACUUUUGUUUCCCUAUAUGCAUAAUUUACAACAGCUAAUAAGUGAACUCAGAAUCUAAAAUCCGAUUUUUUAUUUCAGACA